AUGAUUACGAUCCCGGGAUCGGAUCCGGGAUCGGAUCCGGGAUCGGAUCCGGGAUCGGAUCCAGGAGCGGAUCUGGGAUCGGAUCCGGGAUCGGAUCUGGGAUCGGGUCUGGGAUCGGAUCUGGGAUCGGUGGGGGAAGUGUUGGGUGUACUGGGAUCGGUGGUGGGAUCGGUGGUGGGAUCGGAGGAGGAGGAGAAGGGCCCAAUAUUAUUUGUUAAGCCAUCAACAUUAACAUUACCCCCUAAAGGAUCCAAGGAGGUUUUGCUGCAGUUGCUGCACAGCAGCAAGGAGACAGUUAAUGAGGAGACAGUAGCAAAUAAGGAGACAGUUAUUAAUGAGGAGACACUAGAGGAGACACAAAAACAAUUAGUACUACAAGUCAUGAAUGGCAAACUAUCACGAGUAUUUAUUGGUAAUGGUGAUGGUUGCAUGCAAUUAAUGGAGAUAAAAAACAUGACAUAA